GAAAGACAGGAUAUUUUAAAGAUGGCGCGAAAUGUUGGAGAGUGAUGUGAACACAUAACUAAAAAUGGAUAUUCGAUCGUUCUUUAGCCCGACUGGAAAGACGACGAAGCAAGGCGCUUCGAAAGUAGAAAUUAAGCGCUGGAAGGAUCCUACGGCGAAGUCAUCAUCGAAACAAAAUGUUGGAAAGAGCCGAUCGAAAAGCAAGGGUUUAUCCAGCAGUGAAGAUGAUGAAAUCACCAGAAAACAAAAACUGAAAAAAACUCAGAAAAAGAAGAAAGGAGGAAACAUUAUUGACUCAGAUUCUGAUGAAGAUCCACUUCCUCCAAAUAUUAGAAAAGCCACAUCAGCAAAGAAGGGAGAGAGUGCAAAAGCCAAGAAAAGUAGAAGACCAAUCAGCUUAGACUCAGAUGAGGAAGAAGUUGUGCCUAAGAAAUUAAAACCGUCUGCCAAACAGACAGAAACAAAAGCAACUAAAGAGGUCCAGCAAGUUAAAGAUAGGUAGCAAUCAGUACUCUUUUUCAUUAUAUUUGAUAUA